AUGGAAAUGUCAGUGAAUAUGGAAUGCGAUUUGUCAUGCGAUCCGGCUAACCCCCGGCGCUCUCUGGUACCCGGGCCAGAGAGUGUGAAAUAUGCUACCGAAGUCUCCACAGGAGUAGGUGACCAGGCUCCUGUGAAAGAAAAUGCUACUGGAAGACGCAAGAUGGUGCAACAGGCUUUUCACCCAUCCCUGUUCUCAAGACCUAGAAGCAACUCACUAGGUAUACCCAAAUAUAGACUCGACCCUCAAAAA